CGGUUGACUUUAAUUUUCCACACGCGGUAUUCCAGUCUUCGGACCUCCAGGCUCCACCCCCAACGACCCAAGGAAUAAAUGCAUGACUUUCUGACUCAAGCUCUCUCUCUCUCACCACAGAGCUUCUGUUACAGAGCUUUAAACCAUGGCUCCAGGUUAUAGCAACUCCGGCGAUAAAGUUCCUACACAUCAAAAUCCAAGGCCCUUAAUUUCUUCUCCUACGCCAUCUGCUAGAGGAGAUGAUCCUUUACCAGCUAUUGAAGGCCUCCAAGUUUCAGGGGAAGCCUUUCCAGGAAAAGUACUGCACGCUUGUGGGUUCUCUACUAAUGGAACCACCGCUUGUUACUUUGCGUGGCUACGUUGUUCAGAGGAUGGAUCAGUAGACUACAUAGAAGGAUCAAAUGAACCUACCUAUAUGGUUACUGCUCAUGAUGUGGACUCAUACCUUGCAGUCGAAGCCCAACCUAUGGAUAACAGGGGUCGCAAGGGUGAAACAGUUAGGGCCUUCGCCAAUGAACAGCGGAAGAUCACUUAUGACUUUGGCGCAUCGGUGGACCCUGAGAUUUUGGCAGCUUCCUUUGAAAUUGUGCAUGGGAUUGAGAGGAAAAAGGCGGUGAGCAGAAUAUGAUGUCAUCCAUACUAAAAUGAGAAAAAUAAUUUCUCUAUUCCAAGGAUACAUGACUUCAUAUACAAUUUGAAAAUUUAUGAAAUGUGGUGUUAAUGUGUUCUGUGUAAGUGUGAUGCUGACUAGAGAUCAAUAUAUUUCCUGCUAUAGUUUUAAAACAGUACAUGUGGAUGAUUUCUCUUUCAGAUAUAUCGUAGAGAAAAGCAAUAAGUACAAAUUUUCAAUCAUUCUGUAAUCCCUUCUUGUACUUUCUAGCAUGUUUAUUCUAUUGCUGGCUGUUUUCUAGUGUU